AUGGAGAAAGCGCCUCUCCCUUCCACAAGAGAGGUGCCGACAACGAUAAGUGGAAUAGCAUCAGAAACGAUUGAACAAUUCGCCGCUCACCUUUCAGAUAGGUCAUUGGCAAUGCUGUUCAUGUUCAUAGUGGCGUGGGGAGCGGUACUUUCACUCGAUCGACUGACGACUUACUCUUAUCAGACCAUUGCCACAAAUUCUUUCUCUCAUCACUCUUCGCUAGCCGAAGUGAAUGUGAUACGAUCUGUGGUGGCAGCUGUAGCAGCAUUGCCGUUCGCAACCAUUGCUGAUUUAGGAGGUCGUGCCCAAGCUUUUACACUUGGUCUCUUAUUGUAUGCUGCUGGUCAUGCUGCAAUGGCAGGAAGUACGACAAUUCCUGCAUAUAUUGGAGGAGUGGUGUUGUACGAAUCUGGAGCGAAUGGACUGAUAUGUUUACAAGCAACUGUUUUGGCCGAUAUGACAAGUUCGCGCAAUCGACUAUUCUUUCAAAUCGUUCCACAAAUGCCAUUCUUGGUAUUCAGCUUCAUAAGUAGUGACAUCUAUUCGGCAAUCUUACCUAGGUGGAGAUGGGGUAUUGGCAUGUUUGCCAUCCUUGGACCAGCAGCGCUUCUUCCUGUUAUUGCAAUCUUGGGACAUUCUCAACACAAGACUCGGGCAAACAACGUCGCAGCUAAUCGAUCAAACAUUCAAUCUGCCUCGCAAAACGCUCGAAGGGCUAGCUUACAGCAGACUGAAUCGUCUUUGACGUAUGGUUUGCUGAUGAUCAAGCACGUUUGGCAGACAUCUGAUGUUCUUGGUUUACUGUUACUGGUUGCUGCGCUCUGUCUGACUCUGAUCCCGCUCACUCUAGCAGCCUCUGCACCGAAUCAAUGGGAGACACCAAGGAUCAUUGGAAUGAUUUGUUCCGGUGUGGUAGCAUUAGGAUUGUUUGGCGUGUGGGAGUUAAAGAUUGCAAAGAAUGCGCUCAUACCACGAGUAUUGCUGCAAAAUCGUACGUUCUGGGGAGGUGCUUUAGGUUUGACAGGAUUAUGGGCAUCGCAUGCUUUGAUGUUGGCUUAUUUCCCGACUUAUCUGUACGUUGUGCAUGGUGUAUCAAAUCGAGCUCAACAAAACUUUUCAGUGAUUUACAGUUUCACUGUUGCAGCAGCAUCGUUACCGAUUGCCAUGAUGGUAAGACAUUCAAGACGAUUCAAGAUUUUCACCAUUGUGGGCGUUAUCGUUUUCACUGCUGGUUUGGGAAUGAUGAUCGGUUAUAAAGGCACGGCAGACUCAAAUUUUGAGCUGGCAGCAUCUCAAGUGGUGAUUGGAUUGGGUGGUGCUUUGACGAUUGCGGUAAUUCAAGCAGCCGUUCAAGUGUCCGUCGUUCCAGCGUAUGUUGCUCAAUCGAUUGCCGCUUUGAACAUCUUCCCAUGCAUCGGAAACGCAAUCGGAGCUGCUGUUUCAGGUGCUCUGUGGACGGGCUUAUUGCCAGGAAAGUUGGCCAGAAAUCUGGGACCAACAGGACAUAUGAACGAAUUGCCAACAAUUUUUGCCGAACCUUUGACUUGGAUUGAGAGCCAUGGAUUGGGAUCUAAUACAAGGACAGCGGUAGUCAAUGCCUACUCAUCAACAUGGCGUGUGAUGAUGAUCGUUGCUACAUUGAUCAGCGCAGUGAGUUUACUGCCAAUCCUGUACACGGAGAACCUUCGUUUGAAUGACUCAUUGAGCGCGGAGGAGGCU